AUGAAUCGCAACAUUAGCUGCAACGAUAGUGAUCCAUAUAAGGAAGUUAUCCGAGGUGGCUUGAAAUUGAAGAAGGGUAAAUCAAAAUUCAAGAAAAAAAAGAAAGAAAGUGUUGACUUAAAAAAUAUUGACAUAACUAUCCACAAAGAUGCCGAUGCGGCAGUUACAUAUAAGACACCAGCAGAGAUAGCAUUUGAGAAGCGACAGUUGGAAAAUCAGUUCGAACGGUUGGCGAAGAAAGCAGCUGUAAGUCAUCGUGAAAAAGUUGAAAAGUUUAAUCAGCAGAUGAGUGAACUAACCGAGUUCAAUGAUAUACCAAAAGUUUCAUGGACUAAGUGA